AAUUUAUUACCUAAACAAAAACUAUUGUGUCGUGGAAGCAAAGAAUCGAGAGGUUCAAAUUUGUCAAAAAUGGCGGAUACUGUUCAAACAAAUGGUCGUGCAAGUCUCUUAGCUGCCGUCAAUAAUCGUGCUUCAACCCGUUCCACUCGUAAAAAAAAGACGACGAUGCUUUCCCCAAAAAAGUUUUGCGAUUUUAUUAAUUCCAAAACGAACUCGAAAAGUUUUGAAGCUGGAGUUGCAGAGUUUUACAAGGAAACAUAUUUGGAAUCUCCAACCUUUUUCAACUAUUUUAAGUCACCGAAAGAUAAGAAUUUUUCCGAAAAUGUCUGGCUUUACGACGCCACCCGUGUCAUUGUUCCUGGUGUGGACUACUACCAUGCUUCUUGGGUUGAUGGGCUUAAGCCAAAUCAAUACAUUCUUGCUCAAGCUCCACGUGAUGCCAGCGCAGCCAAGGACUUUUUUAAACUUUUGGAGCACGUGAAGGCUGAAGGUCUUAUUGUUGCUGAAGGAGCGGACGAGUUUUCAAGUGCAAUAACGGCAAAAUUUGAAAAAGGAACAGGGAAAAAUGAUUUCGUGUCAACUGCCGUCAUCAAGGAAAACGGUCUGCAUUUGAAAGCAAUCAAGUUUUGUCGUUGGGCUGAACCACUUUCGGCAAUUGAAAUCAAUGAUAUGUUGGAGAAAAGUCGAAAGUAUUUGGGAUGCCCAUUGAAGGGUCCUUUGGUUAUUGUGUGCAAAGAUGGAGCUGCAAAAAGCGGUUUAGUGGCUUUUAUCGAUACGGAAGCGGAUCGUUUGAUGAAACACGGGAAGGCCAAGCACACUGACACUAUCAAACAAAUUCGUUUCAUGAGAAGCAAUACGUUUGAUACAUUCGACAGCUACGAUCUUGGAAUUAACUCACUUAUUGAAUUGUGCAAUAGAUACAAGAAGAAAUAGACAAUUGCAUACUUUUUAUGGGUUGAAUGAAACGAAUAAAGCUUUGCAUGCUUCA